AAGCAUAAUUAUAGUGUAAUCGUGCGAUUUUGUACAUUUUUCUAUGAAUUCCAUUUUCGCGCAAUAUUGAUCUGCACGCCCUCUCGAAUCUUUUUUGAGAGAGAAUUCUAUAGUGGAGAGCUCGUCAAGCCGGGUUAUUUUUGUUUUGGUGCGUGUGGCAUUACUUACUUGAAGAAAAUUGCUAAAAACUCCUUGUAAAAUGGGUCCCAGAGGCAAAGGACAGUCGAAAGGCAAAGGCAAACCUCGUAAGAAGCUGAUAGUGGAGUUUGAUGAGAAAAAAAGAAGGGAUUUCCUUACAGGCUUCAGAAAGAGAAAAUUACAGCGGAAAGAACGUGCCAAGGAGGAGAUUGAGCAGAAGCUGAAGUUAGAGAAGAAGCAGCUGAAAGAGGAAAUCCGAAGCAAUAUUACGAAGCAGUUCAAGAGGUCCUUUCAGCCAAUCCCGGAGCUCGAGGAGCCCGAAGAGGAAGAGUACGAGACUGAGGAUGUGACGGUGAAGAUCACAGAGCUGUGCACGGACGAUCUGGCUAGAGAGAACAACUGGGUGGGUCAUAAUAAGCCUAAAUAUGAGGAAAGCUCAGAGACUAAAGCUGAGCCUGAAGAGAGUGAAGAUGAGGAAAUCCCAGGAAUGAGUGUCUCCGUGAAGGAUAAAUCGUCCAAAAUGGAAAUCAAGCAGCAGGAAGCCGAAAAGCAAUUGAAAUCGAAGAAGGAACUCAACAAACUGGUUCAGGAUCACACAAUGAAGUUCCUCAAGAAGAGCAAAGCCUACAAAAUGAAGACUCAGCUGCAGAGAUCGAAGAACAAAAAGCUGGCCCGAAGGGAGAGAAACAAGAAGACGAAAUCGCUGAAGCAACAGAGCAAAAAAACGGGUGGGAAAGCCCGGAAAAGGCAGAAAUAAAUUUUCUAUGAUUCUUUACAA